CGAUUGCUCUUUGGUAAUACCUAGUUCUUUUCUGCGUUCGAACGAGGUCUUUGUCUGUCUGCCGACACAGUCUUUUUGAUUAGGAAGAGGGCAAGUUCCGCUUCUUAUGUCACAUCAUGCAGGCUGCAUUUGGUGGUUGCCUGUAUCCCUUUCGUUUAAGGAUGAUUUUUCUUGUCGGGCUGGCCCGGGGUUUGGGUUCAGUUGUUUGUUGGUUGAACACUGAUGUUCCAAAAAAGAUAUCACUGCCAUCGAUCUAGUGAUUGAUCCCCUCCGGUUUUUGUUCUUACGGACUUAACCCGAAAGUUGACUGAUCGACUUGACCGACCGACCGACCGUCGAGUCUUUUGCCAGUCAUGGCCAACAACACCACAUCAACAUCAACAUCAACUCGAUCGGCAUCAGCUACCUCAUCCGCCGCCGCACACUCAGUUACAUCUACCUCUCCCCCAAGCAGCAAUGGCACAAACACCCUCUACCACGACGGCGACAUCGCCUUCCUCAUCCUCUGCACCGCCCUGGUUCUGCUCAUGAUCCCCGGCGUCGGCUUCUUCUACUCCGGUCUCUCACGACGCAAAUCCGCCCUCUCCCUAAUCUUCACCUCCAUCCUCGCCUGCGCCGUCACCUCGAUCCAGUGGUUCAUCUGGGGUUUCUCCCUCUCCUUUUCUCGCAACGUCGCAUCCUCGGGUUUCAUCGGCACCUUAUCCAACGCUUUUUUUAUUGGUAUUCUCGACCAACCCCUUGUCGAGAAUCCGCACAAGAUCCCCGAUUUGCUUUUUGCUCUCUACCAGAGCUUGUUCAGCGCCAUCGCCGUGGUCCUGGCCGCCGGCGCCGCGGCCGAGAGGGGCCGCCUCUUGCCCUGCGCAGUGUUCAUGUUCGUCUGGGUCACUCUUGUUUAUGAUCCCGUCGCGUGCUGGACGUGGAACCCCCAUGGGCAGGGCGGCUGGGCUUAUGCCAUGGGCGUCCUGGAUUUCGCCGGCGGCACCCCUGUCCACGUGGUGGGCGGGUGCGCAAGCCUGGCGUAUUCGAUGGUGCUGGGCAAGAGAAGGGGGCAUGGCACGCACGAGCUGAAUUAUAGACCGCAUAAUGUGGCCAGUGUCGUCAUUGGGACCGUUUUCAUGUGGGUCGGGUGGUUCGGGUUCAACGCCGGGAGCGCGCUGGCGGCGAAUCUGAGGGCCGUGGUAGCGGCGGCGACGACGAACCUGGCAGCGUGUGUUGGGGGAAUAACGUGGUGCGUGCUGGAUUGGAGGUUAGAGAGGAAAUGGUCGGCUGUUGGGUUUUGUUCAGGGGUGGUGGCUGGGUUGAUUGCUAUUACGCCGGGGAGUGGAUACGUCCCCGUCUGGGCAGCCGUCCCGUUCGGUAUCCUCGGAGCCGGGCUGGCCAACUACGGCACCAAGAUCAAGUUCCUCUGCAACAUUGACGACGCCCUCGACACCUUUGCCGUCCACGCUGUUGCCGGCCUGGUCGGCAACAUCCUCACCGGCAUCUUUGCGUCCAAAGACAUCACCCACCUAGACGGCGUCACGAACAUUGACGGCGGCUGGCUCGACCACAACUGGAAGCAGAUUAUCUUCCAGCUAGCAGGCUCGUUCGCUGGCGGAGUAUACUCCUUUGUCAUGACGGCUCUGAUUGUGUUCGCACUGGACCACAUCCCGGGCCUCAGCCUGAGGGUGUCGGAGGCGGCAGAGGUGAUGGGCAUAGAUGAUUCCGAGAUUGGCGAGUUUGCGUACGACUACGUGGAACUGAUGAGGGAAGUGGGCAUUGAUGGGGGAGGAGCAGGAAGCAUCAUGGAUGGCGUCGGCGAGACGGGGAGUAUGUUCUCGAAUACGCAGCUGAGACAGCAGCCGCAGCAGGUUGCGAGGAGUGCGAGUCCUACGGCGGCGGCUGGUGCAACAAGGGUAUUCACAAGAGAGGAUACGAAGGAUUCGGGGGUUGUGUUUGGUGGUGGACAGACUUCGUUUUAUCAGUAACCGUUCUGGAGUUUUGGAACUGAAAAUGAGAGUGGAUCUGUGACUUGGUGUUUUGAAAUGGGCAGCUUUUUGGUUGUGGGAAGGGAGUCAUAAUCUUUGUCAUCUCCAACUGGACAUAUUUCAUUUGUAU